CAAGCAAAGCCCAUUGGCUCUGUUUCGUCAACAUGGAGAAGGAGAAGGAGGAGAACAACAUGACCACGCCGCCGGCGCCAUCACCGGCGCCACAGCCGGAGCUGACGCUGGUGGAGGCUUCCCUGCAAGUGUUGAACACUGCGGACCCAGUAGAGAAGGCUCGCCUGGGCGAAUCCAUCGCCACUAAGUGGCUGCAAGGCUUCAUCUCCCUCCCAUUCCGCCCUCACGAUCCUCCUCCCCUUGUUCCCGAUCGACCCUCCAGGCUCCCCAAUGUGAAGCUUGUUCCAUCGCGUUUGAUGCCUAAGCUUGGCAAGGGCGGCAACCUUCAGAGCCGUCAGGCCAUCGUCCACAGCCUCGUCCACACUGAGAGUUGGGCCAUUGAUCUCUCCUGGGACAUCAUAGCUCGGUUUGGGAUUCAGGAAUCAAUGCCUGUGGAGUUCUUCACUGAUUUUGUGAAGGUUGCCCAGGACGAAGGCCGGCAUUUCAGUCUGCUUCUGGCCCGGCUCGAGGAGCUUGGUUCAUAUUAUGGAGCUUUCCCUGCCCAUGAUGGUCUCUGGGACUCUGCCAUUCAAACCUCUCAUGACCUCUUGGCACGUCUAGCUGUGGAGCAUUGUGUUCAUGAGGCUAGAGGACUUGAUGUUCUUCCCACCACAAUCUCCCGGUUGAGAAAUGGAGGGGAUGAGUGCACUGCAAAGCUUCUAGAGACAGUAAUUUAUCCAGAAGAAAUUACUCAUUGCGCUGCUGGUGUUAAAUGGUUCAGAUAUCUCUGCCUUCGAUCAUCUGCUUCAUGCCCAAACAACGCAUUAGCUCCGCUGGUUUCCUCUGAAAGCCCCAAAGCCGAAGAAGAUACUGUCAAGCAGCUACAAAUCAGCAGCAUUAUAGGUGAUUCCGAACUUGUGAAGAACUCACAGGAGAACUCGGAAAACUUGAAUUCCGAGGACACCGAUGUUCAUCAUGAUGCUGUAAUUCAAACCUUCCAUGCUUCUGUGAGAAAAUAUUUUAGGGGGCCACUUAAGCCUCCUUUCAAUGUGCAAGCAAGGAAAGCUGCCGGCUUUGGACCAGAUUGGUACGAGCCUUUGGCUGUAAAACAAGCUGUUGAUGUUACCUGAAGUGUUUGGUAAGCGUUGUUGUUGUUGUUACUUAGCCAUGACUUCAUUUUGCUUGAAAAGUACACAAAUGUACCUCUUUUUUCCAAUCAAGAAAAUCCUUUUUGUUUGGAUAAAUGACAACAUUCAAGUUGGAUUUGGUCCUCGGUUGAAUAAUUUCCAUAUAUG